AAGAACAAUGGGUGCGCACGUCCUCUGUGCGCUGCUGUCAGGCUUGUUGGUUGUUAUGGCGAAGGAGAGAAACACCACAGAAGAUUCUGGGGCAGUUUGUCAAUAUCUGAUGUUGCCGCAAUCAGAUGAUCCAGGCCCGUUGCCAGAAUUACCAACAGCGGACCCAGUGACAGCCAAGCCAGGGCUCUGGGAACUAGGUGUGACAGCAGCAAAACCAGUGGUCGUUGAGGAAUAUAGACCAACACGAGCACCCGAAGCUGGCGUGGUGCUGAUGAGGGCACCUGUUCACCGCAUCAUCGACGGUCGCCCCGCGAGGCCGGGCCUCUUUCCACACCAAGCUCUCGUCCUCGGCGACGGCGUCAACGUAUGCGGCGGCUCGCUCAUCAGACGAACUGCAGUCCUCACCGCCGCCAGUUGCACCGUCCCGUACAGCAAGUUCACCAUACGCUUGGGAACCGUCCAUCGGACGGAGGAAAGCGGAAGUGAGUGGGAAGUGGAGUCCGUCUGGACCAUUCCGCACCCGGACUACAAUAAAAGGUCCUGCCUCUACCUCGACGUGGCUGUUGUAUUCCUGCCCGAGCCAGCUCCACAGAGCGAGUUCAUCAAAGUGGUGGCGUUACCUUCUUCUCGGGACGUCAACAAAACCUUCGUGGGAUCAACUGCUCAGAUCAGCGGCUGGGGGCGGACAGCUGAUGCAUCAGCCUGUUCAGAGGUACUUCAAUGGACCCGUGUGACGGUUAUUCCCAAUUCAAUAUGCAAGCAGUUCUACAAAAGAGGUUUUAUUGUUGACAGUAUGUUGUGUGCUGGAAACAAGUACUCUGGUGCGUGCUCUGGCGACAGUGGCAGCGCCCUGGUCGUGAAGAAUAAGAAAGGUUACAAGCAGAUCGGCGUGGCCAGCUUUGUCUCUGUCAAGGGCUGCGAGGAGACUGGCCAGCCGGCCGGCUACACCAGAGUCACCUCCGUCCUCGACUGGAUCAAGAAAACCGCCGGAUUUUAAUGAGCAACUAUGUGCAGCGAAUUUAAAACUUCCGAUUCUGUUUGUUACAAGUAUGA